AUGGCCCAACCACCGCCGCAGCUGCCUCCGGGCUGGACCUCGCAGUGGGACCAGAAUGCAGGCCGCCAGAUCUUUAUCGAAACGGCCACGGGCAGGACCAGCUGGCAGCCUCCGGUUGCGGGCGGCGGCGCUCCUCCGCCACCCAUGGGUGCUAGGCCGACUCACCCGCAGGGCCAGGCUCGGAUGUCGAUGCCCCAGAUGCAGCCCCCACCGGGCAUGCGCGCCUCGUCGCUCUCUCCCAUCCCCUCGCAUGGCCCCGGUGCGCCGGUCUCGCCCCUUUCGCCGGGCGAGAGCCCCGCCGCCCCUCCCGCCUCGAUCGGACCGGGCGCCAGCCGAAGGCGCCACUACCCGACCGCGCACCUGGCCGCCAACAGUGUCAGCUACAGCGGCGGCUUCGACGCCGGAGCCGCUUCUGGCGCCACGUACGGGACGCCCCAGGACGCGCAGCCGCAGCUCUUCACCCCGGGUGCGCCCGAGCCGGCGCCCUAUCCCGCCCCCGGAGCACCCGGAGCCGCUGCUCCCGUCGCGCCCGGCUACGGUGGAGCUCAGGGCGGCUACGGCCAGCCCGGGGCCGGCGCUAUGGCCGGUCUGGCCAACCAGUUCCAGGGCAUGGGAGUCGGUGGCGCUGCGGCGAUGGGACAGAAGCCGAGCUCGCUCUACACGGUCAAUCUCAGCGGCGCACAGCCCAACGUCAACGACCUCGAACGACCGCCGCCGGAGAUCCGGCUGCCGCCCAACUCGUGCAUCACCUCGAACCCCAAGGCCAACGCCGACCCGUCGUACCAGCGGUGCACGCUCAACGCCAUCCCCACCACGUCGGCGCUGCUGACCAAGUCGAAGCUGCCCUUUGGCCUCAUCCUCUCGCCCUACCGCAGCGUGCGCGAGUCGGACGGCGACGAGCCGGUGCCCGUCGUCAGCGACACGGUCAUCGCCCGCUGCCGGCGCUGCAGGACCUACAUCAACCCGUACGUCACGUUCAUCGAGAACGGCGCGCGGUGGAAGUGCUGCAUGUGCAACAUCUCGAACGAGGUGCCGCAGCUCUUUGACUGGGACUCGGAAAAGAACCAGCCGGCCGACCGGUGGCAGAGGCCCGAGCUCAACCACAGCGUGGUCGAGUUCAUUGCGCCGCGCGAGUACAUGGUGCGCCCUCCGCAGCCGCCCGUCUACACGUUCCUGAUCGACGUGAGCUACCAGGCCAUCAGCAGCGGCAUGGUGGCCACCGCCGCCCGCACCAUCCUCGAGUCGCUCGACCGCCUGCCCAACGCCGACAACCGCGCAAAGAUCUGCAUCAUCGGCGUCGACACCAGCCUCCACUUCUUCAGCCUCACCGCCGAGAGCGCCGAGCCCGAGAUGCUCGUCGUCAGCGACCUCGACGACGUCUUCCUGCCCAAGCCCAACGACCUGCUCGUCAACCUGACCGAGUGCCGCGCCGGCGUCGAGGCGCUCCUCGGCCGCCUCGGAGACAUGUUCAAGGACGCGCCCGUCAACGGCUCGGCGCUCGGCGCGGGCCUCCAGGCCGCCUACAAGCUCAUCUCGCCGCUCGGCGGCAAGAUCAUGGUGCUCACCGCCUCGCUGCCGAGCGUGGGCCCGGGCGCGCUCAAGAACCGCGAGGAUGCCAAGCUGCUCGGCACGUCCAAGGAGAGCACGCUGCUGUCGGCCGCCUCGUCGUUCUACAAGACGUUCCCCAUCGACUGCUCGCGCAGCCAGGUGUCGGUCGACAUGUUCCUCUUUGCGCCCUCGUACACCGACGUCGCCACGCUGUCGUGCCUGCCGAGGUACACGGGCGGCCAGACCUACUUCUACCCGGCCUUCCACGCCGGCCGGUCCGAGGACGCGGUCAAGUUUUCGCACGAGUUUGCCGAGGUGCUGGCGAGCCCGAUCUGCUUUGAGGCGGUGCUGCGGCUGCGCGCCACCAAGGGCAUCCGGGCCAAUGCGUUCCACGGCAACUUUUUCGUGCGUUCGACCGACCUGCUGGCGCUGCCGGCCGUGCCGCUGGACCAGAACUACGCCAUCGAGUGCGAGAUCGAGGAGACGAUCAACGCGCCCUUUGUCGUCUUCCAGAGCGUGGUGCUGCACAGCACCAGCUACGGCGAGCGCCGCAUCCGCGUCAUCAACCUGGCGCUGCCGACGACCAGCUCCAUGUCGGAGCUCUACGCCAGCGCCGACCAGGUGUCGAUCGCCACGCUGCUGGCCGACAAGGCCGUCGAGCGCUCGAUCCACGCGCGGCUCGAGGACGCGCGCGACGCCGUCUUCAACAAGCUCGUCGACAUCUUCUCGACCUACAAGAGCACGAUGACGAGCGCCGGCUCCGGCGCCAGCCCGCAGCUGAGCAUCGCCAACAACAUGGCGCUGCUGCCGCUGCUGCUGCUCGGCCUGCUCAAGCACGUCGGCAUCCGCCAGUCGUCGCAGAUCCCCUCGGACCUGCGCGCCUACGCCCAGGCGCUGCUGACGACGCUGCCGCCGCAGCUGCUGAUCCCCUACCUCCACCCGAGCUUCUACUGCCUGCACAACAUGGCGCCCGAGGCGGGCACGACGGGCGCCAACGGCUUCGUCUUCCCGCAGAAGCUCAACCUGACGAGCGAGCGGUUCGAGAGGCACGGCCUGUACCUGAUCGAGGACGGCCAGAACAUCUUCCUAUGGGUGGGCCGGGACGCGGUGCCGCAGCUGUGCCUCGACGUGUUUGACGCGCCGAGCUACAAUGUGCUGCGGGGCGGCAAGACGACGCUGCCCAAGCUCGAAAACAGCAUGAACCAGCGGGUCAAUGCCAUCGUCGACCGGAUCCGCGAGAUGCGCCGCGGCGUCUACCGGCCGCACCUGUACGUUGUCAAGGAGGACGGCGAGCCGAGCCUGCGGCUGUGGGCGCUGAGCCUGCUGAUCGAGGACCGCUUCGAGCAGACGCCGAGCUACAUGCAGUUUAUCGGCCAACUGCGAGACAAGGUCAACGGCGGGUCCUGA